CUAAUUCCAGACACACUAGGCUUACACAGCCUGUAGUGACUUAAACAGUACACUAACAUUGCCUAAUUCCAGACACACUAGGCUUACACAGCCUGUAGUGACUUAAACAGUACACUAACAUUGCCUAAUUCCAGACACACUAGGCUUACACAGCCUGUAGUGACUUAAACAGUACACUAACAUUGCCUAAUUCCAGACACACUAGGCUUACACAGCCUGUAGUGAAUUAAACAGGAGUAUUUAAGAAUUAGACUGCGUCAUGUAUACAGACAACAUACGAGUGAUUAAAGAAUUCCAACUAUAAACAGAUAUUGUUCUGUGUAAAUAUUUUACCACAAAGACAGCAGCGGUGUGUACAAGUUGCACUGUUCAGGUGAGCAUGGAUACACAGAGCAGGGAUAGUGUAGCACUACCAAUGUUUGUAUGUGGAGCCAGUGUGAGAUGGUACAUAGAGGCUGACCUUACCCCAGGCCUGUUUAUGUAAGCUCCCAUCCACAGGUAGCAACAGCCUCCACUAAUUCCUUGGAAUAUACUCAAAAAAAUGUUACAGCUACGAACACUGACUGAGUACUGAUGUGCUGGUACGCUGAGGUGUUAAUUCGAUAGAAAACCCUCAUUACUGUGUACAGUGGAUUUCCUUGGAUUUAUUUCUCAAAGAAAACACUGGAUCUUCAUGUGUAUCUCUUUUUGACAGGAAUAUUCUGGCAAAGAAUGUAUUACUCAGUAAACAGUAAAUAUUAUGCUGGAAUUUACUACAGCUGAUCAUAUGAUCUCCUUACAUGUUCUAGUGUCCGGGUUUCAUAAAGAAAUUUGAGUUAGUACCAGUGGAGCCAGUUAUCAGUGUUUUAAGUGAAGGGAUGGUGAAUAUGUGUGAUAGAGUUCCUAGUGUGUGCCUCCUUGUGAUCUGUGUAGGGGCUGCCUGGGUCCCAGGGAGUUCUGGCCACCCUCAGACUUCACCGCUAGCUGAUCCUCCAGGUGAUAAUGACAACACCCAAUCAACGUUAUUACACAAACUGACAGCUACAAAAGGAGUCAGUCAUCCAGAACAUCAGAGUGAUUUUCACCUCACUGUUUAUACAGACAAGGAAGUGGCUAGUCCUUCCGUAGUCCAUCGGUCAAAACACACACUGUUUCAUGCUAGUUUACAGAGCAGAGAUCCAGCACAUAUCAAAACCCUACAAAGUUCCUCUAAGUUUUACAACAGUUUGACUGGAUCUGAUAGUGACCUAGACUUGGCUAAGUCUGAGGCGUUGAGUCAGGAGGUGGGUGACCGCAAGCGGCGUAAAGACAAGUCCAUGUCGAAGAUGGUUGUGACCAUCAUAAGCACUAUAACUGCACUUGUCAGCAUGUCCCUGAUGGUAGCUAUAUUUCAGUGUUGUUGUCGUCGUAAAAAACGCCGGACCAGUGAUGCCAAGGGAUUAGAGGACAAUGGGCAGACUCUUGUAGAUAACCAGAGAGGAGGACAGAGUGGGGAGGAAGCGAAACCUCUCAAUGAUGAGGAUGAUAAACAAAAAGAGGAAACACAUGACCGGGAAGCCUCUGAAGAAAAGGAUGUAUCUGUUAGAAACAGGAUUAAAGCUUUCGAAGAAAAGCCUGCUAGUCCCACCUCAAAUGAGGUCAGGGGUCAAGUGUUGAAGAAACGACCUGAGAGCGAUGCCUUCAAGGUGUUUGAAAAUAAGGGAAUUCUCAUUGGUAUGGGCAGAACUCCUAAACCCAAAGUGACCAUCGAGGAAGAUGAAGGAGAGGAAGUGGGUCAAGAAGAAAGUAACCAAUCACCAUCUUCAACAAAAACAUCCCCCACUGUGAGCCCCAAACCAGCAAAGUCACCUGCAGUGAGCCCCAAACCUAGUAAAGAUCGGCUGUACCCAGACAAUCCUGAUGUGGUCAUUGCAAGUGAUGACGAGGAUGAUGAAUUUGCUGUCAUCAAACGUCAGAGUGAGGUUCUUAAAUCAUUCACCAAAGCAAGUGCACCAAAGACAAGAAACAGAACUUCACAGGCUGUUGGGGGGCGCCGGGCCAGGGCAACAAAUAGCCCCGCCCCAAAACCUGUCAGUAUGAUUGAAGAAAAGACUGAGGAGAAAGGUGAAACAAGUCCUCUUAUAAGUGGGAAAGAAGUUGAUGAUUCUAAGACAAAGGAAGAGAAACAAAAGUUAUUAGAAUCUGUAAUGGACAAAUCAGUGGUACAGAGUAGUGCUGUACGCCCCACUGUAGAUAAAAACACUCGUUCCAUAGACUCUAGUCCUGUGUCACAGUCCAAUAUAGACACCUCUGGAAAUAUAUUCUUACAAAUUGAUCCCACAGCCAAACGCAGAUCAACAGGAUCAACGCUGGUCCACAGUCCUGAAAAGGAGGCUCCAACUACAGAGCGACCAAAGAGCACCGUUGAGGUGAUAAAAGUUAGUCCACGAGUUAGUCCUAAACCCAGUCCUAAACCUUCAAGUCCUAAACCUGUCAGGGACGACCAACUCAUGAAAGCUUUAUCAGAAAGACUCAAGAAACAGUCCCCCGAUAAAGAGAAAGCUGAUGAUUUGUGACAGGAGAUGUAACACAAAAUGAAAACCUAUUUUUGUAUUUACUUGUCCAGACAUUGAUUAUUACAGUAGACAGAAACUUCUA